AUGUCUCGCUUCGACGAUCGCGGCCGCCCAGCGCGGUACGACCGCAACCACUCGCCAGACUAUGCCUACGCUGGCGGCAGCGGCAUCCCGCCGCCGGCACCACCACCGCCAGGUGCAAACUCUCACGCGCGGCUCGAAUACGAACCCCAAACACCCAUUUACCCACCACCGCCCGGCGGCUACGUCGACAACGGACCCGGCGGCCACCUGCAGAUCCCCGACGCCCGCCUCCGGCCGCGGUCCCUGCCACCACCCGUCGACUAUCGGGGAGGACGCAGCUCGCGCAACCGCGACCGGGACUGGGACUAUGACGACGACGACCGCCGCCAUCGCCACCAUCAGCAGCGUCUCCGGUCGCCCGUUGCCCGGGCCAAGCGCGCCAUUGAAAACACCUUUACCGACUCGACGACGGGUCUGGGCGUCGGCGUCCUGGGGGCCCUGGUGGGCGGGCUGGCGGCGCACGAGGCAACGGACCACGGCAGCGGGGGCGCCCGCCGCCCGUCCGAGGCGCAAAAGCGCAACCAGCUCGUGAGCACGGUGCUCGGCGCCGCCGUCGGGGCCCUGGGCGCCAAUGCCGUGGAGAAGCGCCUCGAGAUUGGCCGCGCGCGCACCGAGGAGAAGCAGGAGCGGUGGGAGCAGAAAUGGGGCCGCGGGAGGGGCGAUGACCAUUACCACCGCGGUGGUGGUGGAGGAGGAGGAGGAGGAGGAGACUGGGACGAUCGUCGUCGGGGUAGUAGCCGGGGUCGUCAGCGCGAGAUUGAUCCCGAUGCUCGGAGCUGGAACAAUGUCGAGGACUGGGUGUACGACAGUCCCGGUGGAGACAGGAGUCGCGAUCGCCGGGGUGGACGAAGGAGUGAGGAGGGAUAUCGAUACUGA